GCUUCUUGCAGAGGACCAACAGCCUGGAAGAGAAGAGCCGGCUUGUGAGCGCCUUCAAGGAGAGACAGUCCUCCAAGAACCUGCUUUCCUGUGAAAACAGUGACAGGGAUGGCCGUUUCCGGCGCACAGAGACCGACUUCUCCAACCUGUUUGCUCGAGAUCUGCUUCCGGCAAAGAAUGGGGAGGAGCAAACUGUGCAGUUCCUACUGGAAGUGGUAGACAUACUGCUCAACUAUGUCCGCAAGACGUUUGAUCGCUCCACCAAGGUGUUGGACUUCCAUCACCCACACCAGCUGCUGGAAGGCAUGGAGGGCUUCAACUUGGAGCUCUCAGACCACCCCGAGUCCCUGGAGCAGAUCUUGGUUGACUGCAGAGACACCCUGAAGUAUGGGGUCCGUACAG